AUGUCUUCCCAAGAAGUUUCUUCCGAAUCUUGUACCCUGGAAUUUCUCAUCAACAAACGUCAGUUAAUGCAACUCGCGUAUCGCCCAGAAUUUGAAAAUCAGACUCGGGGAUGGUACAUGCAGGAAUACUCCAUUCCCCUCGUGAAAUCUCGCCACCACAGAACGUUUCAGUCGAUUUUCAAGAUGAGUAUGGUUCUCGCCAAGGAGCCUUAUAAGAUGUGGGACGAUCAUGGCAAUGGGAUUGUCGUCACCACCGAUCCAAGUUUCCCCGAACCUGUUGACAUUUCGGUCCUAUGGCAUACUCUAUACUCCUCUGUACCGCUCAAAUACUUUCCACCGAGCAGUGAGUACGCAGGCAAAGGGAUACUCCAGGCGUUAGCAGAUGCUUGCUUGUACAUUCAAGAAAAGAUGGACAAGCUGGACACAUCGUCACAUCGACAUUGA